AUUGGAAUUGCCUGAGCCCUAGUCCUGAGUCAUAAUUGAGCCUUUUGGAGUCUUCCUUCCAGAAGCGGAGGACAGUUUGGACUCAAUAUUUCUUUUGGAUGUAGUAAAUACAUUCAUAUUCCUUAGUCAUAUUUUGAACUUCUGAGCAUCCUGCUGGUAUCCCAGUAUAAAUUUGGAGGCUUGGAAAGCACAUUCAAGCAGAAUAAGGUUGUUCUAAAUAUCAGCCUCUGAAUCAAAUGGCUUUUAUUUGGCUUUGUGAUGCGAGUUUUUUCAUGUUUAGUGUUUGUGAGAGUCUCUUGUCUCUGCUCAGUCAGCUGCAAGGUUUUGGGUGCAAACUGUUUGACACUCCAUCUGAGGGAGGUAUGCAGUGGUGCUAGUCCUUAGCAUAAAGAGCUUUGAGACUGGCUGGUUUCUGAGGAGCAAUGAUCAACACUCCCAGUGGUCCAGCAGCUGUUUGUGAUUUUCAUGAGAAGUCCCCUGCAGGUGGUUUCUCCUGGGACUGCUCCUUCCCUUCCUGCUUCCAUUGAUGUUGUUCACCCUUCCUCUGGCUUUACAGUGAAGCGUCUUCACAGGAUGGAGAUAGAGCACCUGCAGAGGCUGCGUGAGGCCAACCAGGACCUUCUGCAAAGGCUCAGAAUGAAGCAGGAAGAGAUCAGAAGAAGGCUUCCCAGCAAGGCAUCUCUUGAUAACAGAACAGCUCCUGAAAGCUCUGUCCCCUUGCCCACAAGAAGGAAGACGAAUCCAGCUGAUGCUGUGGAGCCUACAGCUGACCCUGCAGUGUUGGUGUGUGUGGAACCUGGAGCUUACGCAGCCAGAGCAGCCCUCUGUUCAUCUCUUAAGCACAGCAGCAGUGACAGGGGGGUACAGCAACAACAAGAGAAGAUGCAGGAAGCAGUAGGUUUGGAUUCUGGCUUUCCUGGGAAAGAGAAGAAUGUUGUGCCAGUGACUGCAGUCAUUACCUGUGGCAGAGAAACCUCUGAAGUGGAGAGGGGUGGCCAUGCUCAAGGAAGUCCAGAGGAAGAAUCCUUCCCUCCGGGACAUGGAGAGAACAGAAUCCAGUCCACUCUGCUAGAUAGCUUCCAUGAGAAGCAGCAGCUUGAGGAUGUUCUGGCCUCAUCACUGAGCAGCAGCCAAGGUGAAGAGACCAGCAAGCAGCAUGUGGUUGUUAGAGAGCCUGUCGUUCCUAAAUCAGUCUUGCUGACGUCUCAGUCCCAAGAGCCAAAGAAGGGAGCUCGUUGCAUCACUUUUGAGUCUGACCCUGAAGAAUAUACCAUACCUGUGAGCACCUGGUCCAUGCGUCCUUUCCUGGGCUACGACUGGAUUGCGGGACUCCUAGAUACGAGCCCUUCAGUAGCAGAAAAAUCUGACCAGUACUUUGCUGAGCUGCACGAGUUCCGACAGGUCAACAGAGAAGAAUGUAUUCAUGAGCAGCGCCCAGAGCCCAGGGCUGUGGACUACAGAGAUCCUGAACAAGAACCAGAUGUGAUAACCAGUUCCCAUAAGUGUGUUUACUGUUACCGGUUAAACCAGCGCCUCUUCCCUGUCCCUGUGGAUUCAGAGUCUGCCUGCCCCGUGUGUAAGAUCCCACGUACUCACCGGCCCCCAGAGAAAUUGGGAGAGCCAGCCUAUGUCAGGGUCAGCAUUCCCAGGUCUACCCUUAUGCCUGCCUACAAACACAAAGCCCAUCGCAGGAAGAGCUUUGAACCAGAUGAUAGUCUAGCGUUACCUUCGCACUGCCUGGCUGGCUGGAAAAAUACCAUCUCUUGCAGCAACCCCAUGCUCAGCAGUUUGGAUCUGCGAGCUUCCCUGGAAGAGAAGCCUCCUCACCAUCCUCGCCUGAACUUGGUGUCCAGAGUAUCAGGAGGAACCAGAACUGACCAGCUUCUGAACCUGACCCCCUUGGCACACUUCAGAUUGAGCAGUGCUUCUCAGCAGAGGGGGAGCAAACCAAACCUGGCCACUAGAGAGCAGCUCCAGAUUUAAACCUGACUGCCUCAACUCUGUGAACCCCUGACUUGAUUGUCCUGGCGACGGGAAACCUCUAUUUGGAUAAAAAUAAAUCUUUGAAUGGAUUUUUAACUGGUUUUCAUAGUCAUGUAUCUACAGGAGCAGCAUAUAUGAGAGUUUGUACAUUCAACUAUGGGUUUUUACUUUCUUCCUUUGCUUUUUGCAGCUACUUCUAAGCAGAUGCACAAGCUCCCCUGCCUAGGGCUGGGUGAAGGGAUGCGUACAGGAUAACUAACUAGUACUGUUACCACUAGGACAGCUGUAGCAGCAGAGUUCAUCUGCCACCUCAACUAGAUAAACCAGAAGUGUAAUGUUAACUCUGGAUGCCAGGGUGAGGAGCGGGCCUGUGGAUGGCCAGGUUCAGUGGAAUGCGUACAAGUAUGUCCAUUUCCAAACGCUGGGAGCAUGGCACAGAACUUGGUAAUGCCUUAAGCUUGAGUUACUCAAUAAUUUAGUUUACAGAAGUGCAGUUUCUCUUCAGUGCCAUGUCUGAGGAUGGAUUACAUCCGAGUAAUUAUGAAUGUGGAAAAAGUGAGACUUUUUUUAACCAAAAAGCCAGGUAAUGCCUUAAGAUGUUUGCAAAUCCUGCUUGCCUCAGAAAGCUUUUCCAAGCUCUUUGGGGAUAAACCAAAACCCAUUUUGGAGCUUUGAAAUUGUGACAGAAGAAAAUAUAACAUAGAAUGUGAUUUGUUUAAACUGUAUAGACUGGUCUUACUUUCCUUGUCUAAAAACAAUUAAGCCUGAUGUUUCAUUUUGCUUUGAAUAA